AGUAGUAUUUUAGAUGUAUACUCUGUUUACUGUAUAUAGUAGUAUUUUUUUUUUAUGGAUGCGACAGAGGACAUAAGAUUGUUGUUAUUCGUUAUAUGAAUAGCCUACAUAACAAAAUGACACUGCGAAAUCUGACAUCUCUGUGAGUCGGCAUAGUCCCGUCACGAUCUGUUCGCUCGAGGCCGAAAGAUUCGCCGUUCUGCGGGAAUGAUACUGUAAUUUACACAGAGUCUGAAUCAUGUCGUCUUCAAUUCGGCCUACCACAGCAGAGACAACAGAUUCUGAUGAUGUUCAGACGAGGAAAAGAAGUGGUAGUUUUGAUUUUAAACAUCCAAAUAUGUCUAUGAGAAGGAUGGUGCUUGUAGGAAAGACUGGAGCUGGUAAAAGUUCUUCAGGAAACACCAUCCUGGGCAGAAAAGCUUUCAGAGCCACCCAAAGUGCUUCAUCUGUUACUAAAGAGUGCUGGAAAGAGACUGGAGAGGUGGCUGACCGUCAGCUGAUGCUGGUGGAUUGUCCAGGGAUCUUUGAUACGUCCCUCUCAGAGAAAGAACUCAUAAAGGAGAUGAGUAAAUGUAUAAACAUGACGGCACCUGGACCUCACGCCAUCAUCCUGGUCAUUAAGCCUGGACCAUUCACAAAAGAAGAGAAGCUCUCUGUGGAGAGGAUCAGAGCCAUAUUUGGAGAAGCAGCAGAUAAACACACGAUCAUCCUCUUCACUCACGGUGAUAAACUCACAGAAAGCAUUGAGAAGACACUGAAUGAAGCGCAAGAUGAUUUGAAACAGCUCAUAAAAUUAUGCGGUGGACGGUAUCAUGUGUUCGACAACACAAAACUUCAUGAUCGCAAACAGGUUUUGGAGUUCCUAGAUAAGGUUGAUAACAUGUUGCUCAUGAAUGAGGAUAAAUAUUACACCAGUGCUAUGUUUCAGCGUGUGGAAGAAAUGCUGAAGGACAAAGAGGAAGAGCUUAGAAAACAAUACAGUCAGAUGAUACAGCAAUUAACAGCCACGUUUAAUGAAGAAAAGACCAAACUGGAGGAGACCAUUAAACAACUGAAAGAAUCUGGGCAGGAAAAAGACCAGAAAAUAAAAGAGUUGGAGGAGCAACUGAAAAAGAAGGACACACAUUUGAAUGAGUUUUUGCGUUUUUAUAAGCAGAAAUGCAGAGCUGCGAGACAGGAGGUGGAAGAGACACAAGUUAACGAAAACAUCCCAGAGCUCAGAAGACAACUACAAAAGCUUCGUGUCUGAGAUAUUAGUGAGAGUUCACUGACUGCCAGUAAUCUUCAGUAUUAUUCUUUUUCUCUUGUAUAAAAUCAUAUGCAUGAUAUUUGCUAUACAGUUUAGUAUACCAAUUUUCA